AUGACUGUAUUUUUUCACUUUGGGAACCCUUCCGAUCCUUCCGAACUUAUAUUGCUGAUCGACGACUUUUCCUGUCACCGGACCGAUGAAGCCGCGGCGUACGCAACUGAAAUUGGUGUUGCGGCUCUCAAGAUUCCGCCCAAUUCAACCUCGGUGUGCCAGCCACCGCAACCCCGGUGUACCCUUCAAGCUGCAAGUUCCAGACAGACUCAAUUUGUGUAA